UCGUGUUGCUGUCGAAUGUGACUUGGGGUUGUAUGUGAAAGUGAUCCGAUGUGAAAUAUUCAUAAUUAAUUCCAUUCUUUUCUUGAAAAUUACCGGCCUUCAGGACAGCACAAACAAAAACGUUCUUGGAUUGUGUUGUAUACAAGAACUAUUUUUGGAUGCGAUAUUUCUCUAAUUUUCAAAUUCUGCUUCAGAAUAAAUUAUCGUGGUAAGCUUAGUUAGGCUUAAUCGUAACGUAGCUCAUUUAUUUCUAUUCUAAAUUUAAAGUACAAUCACAACCGCUGUUACAAUUGGCAGUAGUUAUUAAUAAUCAGCAUUUAGUAUUGGAAGUAACACAAUAACACUGUUACCACGGCUUCACUCUUUGAUAUUCAUAUUUGAUUCGACUUUUUCUCAGUGUUCAGCAGGUGUAAAGAGAGGUCAUCAACUUCACAACGCAAGUACUACUAGUAGUACGACCAGUGAAUUAGGCCUGCUUGUGUUACUUUUGUGGAGUUGUUGAGAAGUAACGACGUUAGCAUAGCCUAGUCAUAGAUGGAGGAAUCAAGUGCUGAUAGAAAUGUUGAAGUUUGGAAAGUUAAAAAGUUAAUUAAAAGCUUAGAAGCUGCAAGAGGAAAUGGAACGAGCAUGAUAUCCCUUAUCAUCCCUCCCAAGGACCAAAUUUCACGAGUCUCAAAAAUGUUAGCUGAUGAAUUUGGAACGGCCUCUAACAUUAAAAGCCGAGUCAACCGACUGUCGGUGCUCGGUGCCAUCACUUCAGUACAACAAAGGUUAAAGCUCUACAAUAAAGUUCCUCCAAAUGGUCUUGUCAUCUACUGUGGAACAAUUGUAACAGAAGAAGGCAGGAAAAAAAAGGUCAAUAUUGACUUUGAACCAUUCAAGCCCAUCAAUACCUCUCUAUACUUAUGUGACAACAAAUUCCAUACAGAGGCCCUCUCAGCAUUGUUAGCAGAUGAUAACAAAUUUGGAUUUAUCGUUAUGGAUGGUAACGGAGCUCUCUUUGGAACUCUUCAGGGAAAUACUCGAGACGUCCUACACAAGUUUACUGUUGACUUACCUAAAAAACAUGGUCGUGGUGGACAGUCAGCACUUCGAUUUGCCAGGUUAAGAAUGGAAAAAAGACAUAAUUAUGUUCGGAAAGUGGCCGAAGUAGCAACCCAACUUUUCAUCUCCAACGACAAGCCUAACAUUGCUGGUCUUAUUUUAGCUGGAUCGGCAGACUUUAAAACAGAACUUAGCCAGUCUGAUAUGUUUGAUCCUAGGCUACAAGCUAAGAUUCUAAAGCUUGUGGAUGUCUCGUAUGGAGGAGAGAAUGGGUUUAACCAAGCCAUUGAACUUUCAACAGAAGUACUUGCCAAUGUAAAAUUUAUCCAGGAGAAGAAACUAAUAGGUAUGGAAACAGGAGUUGAGCUGGAGCUGGUAGAUUCAAUACCGCUACUUGAGUGGCUAGCAAACAAUUACAAAACCUUUGGUGCAACGUUGGAGAUCAUCACAGAUCGUUCACAAGAAGGGUCACAAUUUGUGAAAGGAUUCGGUGGCAUUGGAGGACUUCUACGAUAUAGAGUGGACUUUCAGGUGCUAGACCUCACGGACGGAUUUGAUGACUUUGAUCUGGAUGCCUUGUAAGCUGAUUAUUGUCAUGUGAUCAUGGCGGUGUGGGCUAACUUACUUUGAAAUUCCAGAAACAAUUUGGCCCAAUAGGAAGGACUCCUUCAUGAUUACUGUAUGCAACAGGUGGCGCCUUAUUUUACAGGGGCACGUGAAGACGCAGCAAACAGUUAAUGCCUAAUUUACCAGUGGUUGUGGGCUCAUAUUUUUAUAUAUAAAAACAAAAAAGCAUGAAAACACACCCAUUUUUCCAGAAAGUUCAACAAGAAUCAGAUAAAUGAUUUUCUUACCUAGUUCAUGAGUUUUAAAUGAAGAGCCGUGGAAUUCAGGAAAAAUCAGUAACCAUGACUAUUAAGAUGCUGUUUUUGGUACAAGCCUUUGGUAUUUGAUGAUGAAUUAUUCUUAUCCUUUUGUAAAAAUAUUCAAAAAGAAAAAUUUUUUGAAUUAAUUUGUUUUAUUUCUCUACAACUGUGCAUCUAUACCAGGUAAUGAUGAAUCUAAGCCCUUUAGGUUGAUUUUCAACCAAAGCCUUGCACCAGAAACAUCUGUGGACAACCUUUUGGUUGAAUAAAAGUAUUUUGGCCCUGGUGGAGAUGAAUCAGUCAUGUACAUUUCAGCUACUGUACAAUAAACUGUGGAGCCGUGAACUUGUAA